CACCUCCUUCUUCGGGGCCGAGACAACAAUGGCAGUCAUAAGCACAAAUCUACGGCCUCAUGGCUCAAACGGUGCAUAAAUUUCGAGUCGACCUUCCUUCGCCUGCUCCGAAGCCCGCAACGAUGGAGGGCGGCGGCUCUGCGCCAGCGAUUAUGGCGCUGCGAGAGCAAUUUGGCGACCGAAAGCCGCCUGAUAUCACGCGCAAAAUUACCGCCUGUGUCGCGUGCAGGAAGCAGAAGAUCAAAUGUAACAUGCGCGAUGGCCAGCCUCCGUGCGUAAGAUGUCGAAAACGUGGACUCUCCUGUACCGUCAACAGAAGUCUACAGAUGAUCUUAGAGAGUGACGCCACAUGGAAGGAAGUAAUGGAGCGCAAAAUCCGCGUGCUGGAGUCAGCCCUUGGCAAAGUCGCAAAUCAUCUGUCCUUACCGGAGAUCCUCGAGGAAGCCAUGGACGAAGACGAAGACUUGGGUGUGGCAGAAGCUCAUCAUUCCAAUGUCCCCACCCCCUCACGGACACAUCAGACAGGCCCUUCACCGAACACCGAAAAACACACACCGCAUAACUAUGAUCUCGUGAUGGAUCCCGACUCUGGGCCGGCCGCAAUACCUGGCUCCGUCAUCUCUCCCAUCGUGACGAUCCCUGGCUUCGAGCAGAACCGAGCCGAACAAGACAUCAUUACUCGUGGCAUUAUUGGCGAGAAGCAGGCACAAGCAUAUCUUGACAUAUAUCAAAAUCGUCUCGAUCACUUCGUGUACAGAAUCAUUGGAGAUCGUAAAACCUUGGCAGAAGUUCGAGCAGAUUCCCCAUUACUGCUUGCAGCAAUCUGCACUGUAGGCGCGCUUCACUUGGCCGCCGCGGACUUUGAAAAGUGUUACCAGGAGUUUGUUGCCAUUGCCGCAACGCAAACAUUUUCUCGUCGGAACACUGUUGAUGACAUCCGAGCACUCUGCAUUGGGGCGUUUUGGCUUAGCGGCAUUUCAUGGACGUGUAUAGGGGCUGCAGUGAGGAUUUCGACGGAGGUUCAGCUGCAUCGCAGCAUUUUCAAGGCGCUUCAGGGAGAGCGAAGCCAUUAUUUGCGAACGAGGCUGUACUAUCUUGUCUUUAUCUGCGAUCACCAUUUCAGCGUUGCCUUUGGCCGACCACCAAUGACGAGACAGGACGAUUCGAUUCGAGCGAUCUUGCAAUUUAUCGAGACCGAACAUGCGGUGGAGGAUGAUCUUCGACUGGCUUCGCAGGUGCAAUUCUGGUCCGUGGGGAGCGAUAUUUACCAAACUUUCGGAGUGGACGUGGAGAGGCCACUUGACGUGAGUGCCAUCGAUCCAGUGCGACGGCAUUCGAUCAGCCUCGACCGCAUCCGAGCGGACUGGACCCAGCGCCUCCAUUCGAAUCGUUAUGUCGGGAAUUACCCCAGGAAGGGCGUGACUAUGCACUACCACUUCGCCCGCCUCUAUCUCUUCUCCAUGGCCUUUCGGGGAAUCGGUAAGCCAGGCUUCAGAGCGCCCAAUGUGGCACAGGAGAUCGAUGAACUCGCGAACCAGGCACUGCUUUCGGCCACCGCGAUCCUCGGCACUGUCCGGGACGAUGAGGAAAUCCAAGGGCAUCUAAACGGUUUGCCGACAUAUUUUGAUGUGAUGAUAGCAUUUGCGGUCGUGUUCGUCCUCAAAGUUUCCACCAAAUAUGCAACCUCCCUGCGUGUCGACACCACAGAAAUUCGGGGUCUUGUCGCAGACUUGGUUGUCGUGCUCAACAAAAUCACCACAAACAUGCAUUCGAGGCAUUUGCUCGUGUCCGUCGCCAAAGGAGCAGAAACACUGCUCGAGAAGACCGCACUGCAGGAUCCAUCGAGGCCGGUGCCUUCCAAUGCUCAUGUAACCAUGAGCCAACCGACAUUCGACCAGAGCUUGUUUGACAUGUCCGGGAACUGGAAUGACGGAGUGGCCAUGGACAAUUUCUUCAUGGGCGAGCUGGAUUUCCUUUCGAAUGGCCAAUUGCUUCUCCAGAAUACGUACCAGCCGGAUCUGAAUUACAGUAGCAUGCCGCAUAUGUGAAAGAACUAGAUCUCACACGACCUUUUUUCAAAGUCAUCUUGCAUUGCGUCGUCCAGCUUCUCCCUCCAAAUCGGCGGCGAGCCGGUCGGCAUAUUCGCAGCGUUCCGUGAACGCUUGCCAGUCACACAUCCAGCAAGUGCAGUCGUUCACUUUGUGUCCACGACCAAGAAUCGCAAAUCUGCUUGCAGUA